AAAGCCCAUGGGCCCAAUACGCAUACAUUUAUUUCUCAGCUCACAGUAGUGGUGUGGACUGUGGCGUUGUCGUCUUUGAGCUCAGAAAAUUCGACGGGAGGAAUCUGAAAAUUGAAAAAUGGCGCUAGGGUUAAUAUUGGGGAUUGGGAGGGCGUUCAGGAAGAAGCGAGCAUCGUCGCUCGAUAUUUUGACGUCGAAGAGGAGCCCCAAAGGCUAUUACAAGGGCAAAAAUUGCAAGCCUACUGGUUUCCACACUCGAAAAGGUGGUUAUGUUGUGGUUCCUGAAAAGUUGCCAAACUAUGUGGUGCCAGAUUUGACGGGAUUCAAGCUAAAGCCAUACGUAUCUCAGUGCGCUGUAGAAGCUUCCGGGUCAUCUAAAUGAACACGCCUGGCUUCGUCUCUUUCCGCCGCUGCUGCUGCUGCUCAGACUGAUAUGUUUAAACUCAUAACUGAAAGAAAAUUUUUUUAUGUUUUACUCGAAUUCUUCGAGGAAACAGUAAUGAAAUUUAUCAAUGUUUGUAUUGAAAAGAUAAUUCCAUAAUGAAAAGAACAUAUAUUUAUAUACAAAAA